AUGACCAUUGGAACAGCAAUCACAACCGACUCGGAACACGCAGUACAUCCCUCACCCUCCCGAAGCCGACAUCAAGCAGCUCGCUCGCUGUCAACUCGUACUCGGCCACCCCCUCCCAUCACAGGCUUGGGUGGCCCGCCUCCCCAGCGUGCAGCAUCAACGUCUACCCAGCAUCAACGCCACGCUAACUCGCACUCCUACUCACCUUCCCACUCCAGCUCUCGCCCUCCAUCUGCCGCCCAGCCGGCCCAAGAAAUUUAUCCUCGCUACGAGUAUGACCAGGAGACGACGAACUUAGCAUCUUAUUCUAAGCGAAUCUCCACGAGAGAUCGAGAUCGAGAACGCGACCGUGACCGUGACCGUGACCGCGACCGCGACCGACGUGACCAACCCGUGGUCGCUUCUCGAGUCCCUGCCGAGCCCACCCGUGGCCAGCAACGCACGAGCGAAAAGUCUAACAACAACCAUCACCAUCACCACCAAUCCCCGCCCGCUCAAUCCGACAUGGUUGCGAGCACCGCUGCCACCAAACCCCCCGGGCCUACUCCUCUCUCUGACCCGAGAGUUCCCAGUUCUUCUGCUGGUAAACAAGGAAGAGGCCGCACCACAAUCCCCACCUCUUCCGGAAAAUGGAUUCUUGGCAAGACGAUAGGGGCUGGGAGCAUGGGCAAGGUCAAACUUGCUCGCAAAGAAGAUGGCCCUGAAGUGGUUGCCUGCAAAAUAAUCCCUCGAGGCUCAACCGAAGAGAGUCGCCACCAGUCUCGGGCUGACAAGGAAAGAGCCGACCAGUCGAAAGAGAUCCGAACGGCGAGGGAGGCGGCCAUCGUCACUCUACUCAAUCAUCCUCAUAUUUGCGGUCUUCGGGAUGUCGUCCGCACCAACUACCACUGGUAUAUGCUGUUUGAAUAUGUCAAUGGCGGGCAGAUGCUCGACUACAUUAUUUCCCAAGGCAAACUCAAGGAAAAGCAGGCUCGAAAGUUUAGUCGUCAGAUUGCGAGUGCGCUCGAUUACUGUCAUCGGAACAGCAUUGUCCAUCGCGAUCUCAAGAUCGAGAACAUUCUCAUCAGCAAAACCGGCGACAUUAAGAUCAUUGACUUUGGCCUCAGCAACCUUUUCGCCCCUCGAGGCCACCUGAAAACCUUUUGCGGCAGCCUCUACUUCGCCGCUCCCGAGUUGCUAAUGGCCAAGCCUUAUACCGGUCCCGAAGUGGACGUCUGGAGUUUUGGUAUCGUGCUAUAUGUCUUGGUUUGCGGAAAAGUCCCAUUCGACGACCAGAGCAUGCCAGCUCUCCACGCCAAAAUUAAGAAGGGCGUGGUGGACUAUCCCAACUGGCUAUCUAAUGAAUGCAAACAUCUCCUCUCCCGAAUGCUGGUGACAGAUCCCAGGCAGCGGGCUACCAUGGCCGAAGUCAUGAACCACCAGUGGAUGAUCAAGGGAUACGGAGGACCCCCCGAUAACCACCUGCCGCAUCGCGAACCCCUGACGUUACCAUUGGAGCCUGAGGUCGUUGCUGGCAUGUCCGGCUUCAACUUUGGUGCACCGGAGACCAUCAAGCUUCAGCUCACCCGCGUCAUCGAGUCGGAAGAAUAUCAGCGAGCAGUGCGGGCCUAUCAACGCGAGAAAGAACUCCCGACGCCCGCCAAGGACGUCGAGAAGAAGCGCGGCUUUGGGUUCGACUUCUAUAAGAGAAGGAACUCAGCAAAUAGUAGGGAUAACCUGAGCGCUCCCAGCACUGAGGGGCUUCAGCUGGGUGAUGACCCUCUGAACGCGUAUAGCCCUCUAAUCUCGAUAUACCAGCUCGUCCGGGAGAAACAAGAUCGCGAUCGGCUGGAAGUGCGGCCCGGUCUGCCUAGCCAGCCUGGCUCCCAAAGGGAUCUCCGAGAGAAGGAAGCUGCGCCACCAGAGAUUUCUCUACCCCCCGAAGCGCAUACGAACACAACUGCAUACGAGAUGCCGGGAGAAAAAGCUACGGGUGGCCGAUCCCGCCCUCGUGCCCGCACGCACGGCGAGGACGAUGCCCCGGAGAUGGUCAAGCAAUCACAGCUCGCCCCACCAUCCGCCCAGGCCCAGACUCAUGAGGGGAUUUCCGACGCCCCGGCCAAGAAGGAGAGCACGGCAGCUGGCAUACUCCGGCGCUUUAGCACGCGCAGACGCCGCGAACCCGAAAGGCUGGACAAGGACCGGUCGCACCCGCCCGUCGUGCAAGUCCGCUCCCCGCCAGAGGGUCCUGCGCCACCCAGGAAGAGCUUCAGCAUUCGACGCAGUCGUCGCGAUCACGACCGCGAUGAUGCAGGGGAAUCGCGGCUACGGUCAGGGAGCAGUCAGCCCCCGCAUGGCGAUCUCUUGAGCCCACCACAGUCGGCAGGCGGGCCGUCUAAUAGCCGUAGGAGCGGCUUGGGACGGUCUACCAGUGUUAACUCGGCAGUACUCCGACGCCGCGAUUCGAGUCACGCCAAUGAACCGCCGCACACGAGCGGGUCGGACCAGUCCGCGGCGACAGACAAGCCACGGUCGGAUCCGAAAAGGACUUUUCAAUCACGAUCGGCGUCUGUACGGACCAAAUCUCUUGGUCAUGCUAGACGGGAGAGCAUUCAGCAGCGACGGCUUCGGCGUGAGGAAGCACGCGAGGCGAACGUGCCAGAGGAGGCAGGCGAGCUGCUGGACGAACAAAGCGGCGGGUCGACGGACGGGCUAGACAGGCCGGACCUGGCCAAGCCGGUGUUCUUGAAGGGGCUGUUCAGCGUCUCGACUACGUCGGGCAAGCCAGUGCCACAGAUUCGAGCAGACAUCAAGAGGGUUUUGAAAGACCUCGGGGUGGAGUACACGCAAAUCAAAGGUGGUUUCUCGUGUCGCCACGCGCCGAGCAUCGACCUGAAGACGGUGCAGGACCCGCCUGGCAGCCCAGCCCAUACUCCCGGGCACCGCAGGCGGUUCAGUUUCGGUGGGAUCAUGGGAAGCGGAGACAGGGAUAGGGAUAGGGACGAUAUGCCGACGACACCGCGAACCCCCAUGCGGGGAGGCGGCAACGGUCAUUCGAACUCGGAGAUCUCGGUGGACAGCAUCGGGCGUGAUCCGGUGGGCCCUUCGAGGAGGGCAGCCGGGGAGACGAGUACACAGGUGCAGAGCGACCUGGGAGGCAAUAUGGUGAUUGAGUUUGAGAUCUUCAUUGUCAAGGUCCCUCUCCUUUCACUGCACGGCAUCCAGUUCAAGCACAUGGCCGGCAACACUUGGCAGUACAAGAAUAUGGCGGAUCAAAUCCUGCGAGAACUCCGGCUUUGA